AUGGAAGUUCAGUGGGGUUCCAACCCCCAAUCAAAAACACUACCGGAAGUUUCGAAUGAUCUUGGUGUGCUUCAAGAAGAUUUGACCGAGGAGAAUUCCGAUGUUUGGGACGAUAGCGCCUUAAUAACUGCCUGGGAUCAUGCUGUUAAGGAAUAUGAAUCUUUUCAUAGUAUCAAAACUGAAAAAACUACCAACAAAAUUGAUAACAUUAAAAAUAAAGGUGCCUUAUCAAAAAAGACUCAAUCAACAAGUGACAGUGAAUCAGGAGAAGCCUCAACGCCGAUUUCCGUUAUUGAAAAUGCUUCAGCAAAGCGAAAUAACAAUAAAAAGGCCGGAUCUUUUCCUGAAAAGCCAACUAACGCAGAAGCUAAAUCCUCUACGGACCAAACACAAAAAGAAAGGAAUCCUAAUGCAUCAUAUUAUCCAGGAUGGAGACCAAUGCAACCGCCAAAGCCUCAAACUGCCAUUCCACCGCCGAUGAUAGAUGACGAUGCAUUGAGCAAUUUAUUGAUGGCAUGGUACUACUCUGGUUAUUACACUGGGUUAUUUCAG